CGUAACAAAAUCUAAUAUAAUCGUCGUUUAUUUACGACUUUUCUCUGAUCACAUUUCUUGAAUUUCUUUUAUUCGUGGCGGAUGUGAUGCAUAUAUCGUAAUUUCAGAACAGGACUGCUCUGUCUGCUCCUCCUCUUCACUUUCACGUUCAUGAACGCAUUCCGUCGUUGUCGAGAUAAUAAAAAAAAGGUUGUUGAUGGUUUGAUGUAAUGGGGUUUAUAAAGCUGUUUUCUGUUGCCUCUUUCCCGGUUAUCAAGGUCUUAUUGAUUACUGCACUUGGCUUGUUUCUUGCACUGGAUAACAUAUCAAUAUUGGGAGAAGAUGCAAGGAAGAAAGUGAAUCAGCUUGUGUUUUAUGUGUUUAAUCCAUCGCUGGUGGGUAGCAAUCUGGCCAAAACCAUUACUUUUGAGAGUGUUGUUAAGUUGUGGUUCAUGCCGGUGAAUAUUCUUGGAACAUUCAUAUUAGGCUCGGCCUUGGGAUGGAUUUUGAUUAAGAUGACAAGGCCUCCCAAACGCAUGGAAGGUCUAAUCUUGGGUUGUUGUUCUGCUGGAAAUUUAGGGAACCUGCCUAUGAUCAUUAUUGCAGCUAUAUGUAAACAGGAAGGCAGCCCUUUUGGAGAACCUGAUCUCUGCAAUCAAUAUGGGAUGGCUUAUGCUGCACUUUCUAUGGCGAUUGGAGCAGUUUUUCUAUGGUCAUAUGUUUACAACUUAAUGCGGAUUUCCUCAAGUAGAAUCCAAAAUGAAGACCGUACAAGCAAUGACAGCAGCAUGUUGAAGGCUUCAAAAGGCACCGUGGAUAAUGCAUAUACCAUACUGCUACCUGAAACAAAUUCGGAGGAAAAAGUUUCAUUCCCAAGUAAAAUUAAGCACUACGUUAGGAUGAUCUCAAGCCACUUAAAUUUCAAAUCCAUGUUUGCGCCAUCAACCCUCGGAGCAAUUGCUGGUUUUAUCAUUGGUGUAGUCCCCCAAAUACGUAAUUUCAUGAUAGGCAAUAAUGCCCCGCUUCAUGUGGUCGAAGACUCAGCUUCCAUGUUAGGUGAGGCAGCCAUCCCUACUGUCACUCUAAUAAUGGGUGCAAACCUACUUAAAGGUUUGAAAGGAACAACUGCUCCAGUGUGGACCAUUGUGGGAAUUGUAGUGGUCAGAUAUAUUUUCCUGCCUCUUUUGGGUAUUGCAGUUGUCAAAGGUGCUAUGCACUUGAGUUUGGUGCAUUCAGAUGCCUUGUAUCAGUUUGUGCUUCUACUUCAAUAUGCACUUCCACCAGCCAUGAAUAUAGGCACUAUUGCUCAAUUGUUCGGAUCUGGUGAAAGUGAAUGUUCUGUUAUCAUGCUAUGGACAUAUGCUUUAGCAUCUAUUGCAGUUACCCUUUGGUCAACUUUCUUCAUGUGGCUAGUGUCUUGAUUUUGCAUUAAUUAAUAUUGAUAUUUUUAUUUGAGUU